AUGCAGUCCAGUCCUGUGCUUCUCGAGGAACCGAUUCGGAUGGCAUCCAUCCUUGAGCCAUCUAAGCCAACCUUCUUUCCAGCUAUGACAAAAAUUGUUGGCACACUUGGUCCAAAGUCACGAUCAGUUGAUAUAAUUUCCCGUUGCCUAGAUGCAGGAAUGUCUGUGGCAAGGUUUGACUUCUCAUGGGGUGAUCCAGAAUACCAUCAAGAGACAUUGGAAAAUUUGAGAGUUGCUAUCAAAACUACCAAGAAACUCUGUGCGGUUAUGCUAGAUACGUUGGGUCCAGAAUUACAGAUUGAGAAUAAGACUGAUCACCCAAUCACCCUUGAAGCAGACACAUUAGUUGUCUUAACUCCAGAUCAAAACAAAGAAGCUAGUUCAAAUCUCUUACCAGUAAAUUUUAGUGGUCUAUCGAAGGCUGUGAAGAAGGGUGAUACUAUUUUUAUCGGAAAAUACCUGUUCACUGGAAGUGAAACAGCUUCUGUAUGGCUGGAGGUCAGUGAGGUGGAUGGCGUUGAUGUCACCUGUCUUGUAAAAAACACUGCUACACUCUCGGGACCAUUGUUUACUGUACAUGUGUCUCAGAUUCGUAUUGAUCUUCCUACUCUUACUGAUAAGGAUAAGAAGGUGAUAAGUACAUGGGGUGUUAGAAACAAUAUAGACUUCCUUUCAUUAUAUACCCGGCACGUUGAAGAUAUUCGCCAUGCGCGUGAAUUUCUCUCUAAAUUGGGUGACCUUAAGCAGACACAUAUCUAUGCAAAGAUUGAAAAUAUAGAAGGAAUGAAACAUUUUAAUGAGAUAUUGAGAGAAGCAGAUGGCAUCAUCCUCGCUCGUGGAAAUUUAGGGAUAGAACUCCCACCUGAAAAGGUUUUCUUAUUCCAAAAAGCUGCUAUUUACAAGUGUAACAUGGUUGGAAAGCCAGUUGUUGUUACACGUGUUGUGGACUCUAUGACUGAUAAUCUAAGACCUACUCGUGCUGAAGCAACAGAUGUUGCCAAUGCAGUGCUGGAUGGCAGUGAUGCAAUUCUCCUUGGAGCAGAGACCCUGCGGGGACAAUACCCUGUAGAAACCAUUUCAACAGUUGGAAAAAUAUGUGCUGAGGCAGAGAAAGUUCAUAAUCAAGAUUUGUAUUUUAAGAGGGCUGUCAAAUAUGUGGGAGAGCCAAUGAGCCACUUGGAAUCAAUUGCUUCCUCAGCGGUUCGAGCAGCUAUCAAGGUUAAGGCAUCUGUUAUUAUUUGCUUCACUUCAUCUGGAAGAGCUGCAAGAUUGAUUGCUAAGUACAGACCAACCAUGCCUGUGAUAUCUGUUGUCAUUCCCCAGUUGAAGACAAAUCAACUCCGAUGGACAUUCACCGGUGCUUUUGAGGCUAGGCAAUCACUUAUUGUGAGAGGUCUUUUCCCUAUGCUGGCAGAUCCACGACACCCGGCUGAGUCUGAAAGUGGAACAAAUGAAUCAAUUUUGAAGGUUGCUUUAGACCAUGGCAAGGCCUUUGGCAUCAUAAAGUCACAUGACCGAGUUGUUGUUUGCCAGAAAGUGGGUGACUCCUCGGUUGUAAAGAUUAUUGAGCUCGAAGACUGA